UCCCGACUCUAUUUACCCACGAAACUCUUAAUCCUCCCUUUCUGCGGUAGUCGCAAUUCCAUCGCCGUUCUCGUUUCCCGUACAACCCCGAAAGCUACGUCCACCUGUCGGAAUUACUCGCUGCGACCAGUGACCCACGCUGCAUCACGACCGCUGUGUCUGAAUUGACGGCUGUACGAUCAAUUUGACUUGAAAGACUCUCAGGACUACAAUAAUUAAAUCACCAUGAGUUACGGUGGAAACCAGGGUGGCUACGGCCAGUACAAUCCCUAUGGCCAGCAAGAUGCCAACCCCUACAGCGACGCCAAUGCCAUGGAGCAAGGCAACGGUAGCUAUGAAAUGGGCUCUUACAACCAGCCGGCCGACGCGACGACGCUGCUGAACAAGUGCCGAGAGAUCAACGACGGUAUUGCCGAUCUCCGCGCCAAGCGCGAGGGCCAGCUUGCCGCCGCUCAGAACGCUUUGCUCGACUCGAGUACCGGAAAGGAGGACCAGGUCGCUCGGCAGACUCUGGACUACAUCGAGGAUGAAGUGAACAACGGAUUCCGUUACCUCCGCGAUCUUCUGAAGAAGGUCAAGCAGACCCCCGGUUCCGGAGACAGCCGUGUGCAGACCCAGAUCGACGUCACUAGCCGGAACCUCCGUCGCGAGAUCGAACAGUACCAGAGAUGCCAGUCCGACUUCCAGAAGCGCCUGAGGGAGCAGGUUCGCAGACGUUAUGAGAUCGCCAACCCCGAAGCUUCCCCCGAGGAGAUCGAGCAGGGUGUGGACAAUGUCCUGUUGGGCCAGGAGCAGAGCUUCCAGGUUACGGGCAGCCGGACUAGACAGGCCAACGACGCCAGGCAGGCCGCUUUGGAGCGAUCGGCCGCCAUUCGCAAGAUCGAGCAGGAUAUGAUGGAGCUGGGCCGCCUGUACCAGGAAGUGGCGGAGCUGGUCCACCAGCAGGAGCCUGCUGUGGAGCAGAUCAACCAGGAUGCAGACAAUGUUGCGCAGAACGUUUCGAACGCGAACAACCAGAUCACGGAAGCUAUUGCCAGCGCUCGUCGGGCGAGAAAGUGGAAGUGGUAUGCUCUGCUGGUCGUCAUUCUCAUCAUCGCCAUUGUCGUCGGUGUUGCCGUCGGUGUCACGGAAGCCAACAAGUCCUCGAAAUAGAGCCCGUGAUUUCUAUGGCACUAUGCUAUACUUGGCUUGAUCUGAUGACUCGACCUUGCGCUGAUAUAAAUGCUUCGCCAUGCCAAUGCCCUUCAUCUCCAGAUACCCUCCGAGGUAUUAACCUUGUCCUGCUUCUGUUCGCUUUCCGUUCAAGUUUACGCAAGGCUGUAACGACCUCUUAUCGUUUGUGUUCUCGUCCGAUGCUCUACUUCUUGUCUACGCUUACGGUAAGCCGAGCCAGUCGAGGAUCGUUCGCUUGCUGUGAUUCUUCCGUUGUUAUACCACUUUGU